CGUCAAUGGGUGUAUGAUAGUGCCACGUUAUUAAAACGCAAAAGAAAGCUUGUGUUGUUGUGGGAAAAUAGAAGUGGACACAAACACUAAACCAUACCAUACCAAAGCAUAUUGAGAAGGCAAGUUCAUACAUAUUUAUUAUUUGAGUGGUAAGUUUAAACCCUUUUUCUCUACACCUCUUUNCCUUCUCAUCUCUCUCAAUACAAACAAACUUCUGUUCUGUUGCGUUCUCUUCUUCAAAAUCCAGAUUUCGGCAGAACACCAUUGUUCCCGAUAUCUCGGAUCAAAUCAUCAUCAUCAUCAUCAAUUCCAUGGCGGCUACUCCACCAUCACCACCAAUCGAUCCACCUCCCACGACGCUUCCUACUCAACCACCACCACCAAUGCUCGUCUCUGAUUCAUUCGCAAAAGAUGCUAUUCUCGCCUGGUUUCGCGGCGAGUUUGCCGCUGCUAAUGCAAUCAUCGAUGCUCUCUGUACUCAUCUCUCUCAACUUUCGUCCGCCGCGGAUUAUAGCUCUGUAUUCGCCGCUAUUCAUCGCCGGAGACUCCAUUGGAUCCCUGUUCUUCAGAUGCAGAAGUAUCACUCCAUUGCUGAUGUCGCGCUUCAGCUUCGAAAAGUUGAUGAGAAUAAAAAUAUCGUUGAGGAGGUUCGUGAAAACGACGUCGUUGUAGAGGAGGAACGGAAAACAGAGGCGAAAGUUAUCGAGGCUGGUGAUGAACAUGAAGAAUAUGAUUCCCCCGAGAGUGAGAUUACUGAUUCAGGAUCUCAAGAAAACCAGGAUAAUUCGAUGAACAUUGAUAUAUGUUCCAAUCAUGAAGAGUGUUUGACAAAAGGUUUUUCAGCAAAGGAGUCAGUGAAGGGGCAUAUGGUGAAUGUUGUGAAAGGAUUGAAGUUAUACGAGGACAUUUUCACUGAUUCAGAAUUAUGCAAGCUGUCCGAUUUUGUGAAUGAGAUCCAUACUGCUGGUCAGAAUGGGGAUCUGUCAGGUGAAACUUUUAUAUUGUUCAACAAACAGAUGAAGGGUAACAAGAGAGAGCUGAUUCAGCUGGGUGUCCCAAUAUUUGGACAGAUAAAGGAGGACACAAAAAAUAAUAUAGAGCCAAUUCCAGGACUUCUGCAACGUGUCAUUGAUCACCUUAUUCAAUGGCAAUUACUUCCAGAGUACAAAAGACCAAAUGGUUGUAUCAUCAACUUUUUCGAAGAGGGGGAGUUUUCUCAGCCAUUCCUGAAACCACCGCAUCUGGAUCAACCUGUGUCCACUCUUCUUCUAUCUGAAUCAACCAUGGCUUUUGGGCGUAUCCUCAUGAGUGAAAAUGAUGGGAACUACAAGGGACCACUAAUGCUCUCAUUGAAGAAGGGGUCUCUUGUAGUGAUGAGAGGAAACAGUGCUGACAUGGCAAGGCAUGUCAUGUGUCCAUCUCCUAACAGAAGGGUGAGCAUCACCUUCUUUAGAGUGAGGCCAGACUCCAAUCAAUGCCAAUCACCAACUCCUACCAUGACAAGUGAAAUGACUCUGUGGCAACCUGCCAUUGCUAAUCCUUAUGCUUUGCCAAAUGGAGUUCUAAGUGGCUAUGAGGGUAUGGACAUGAUGCCCAAAUGGGGAAUGCUUCGCGGGCCAAUGAUGAUGCUGACCCCUAUGCGUCCUAUGGCGUUGAAUCCCCGCAAACUUGCUGGUGGUGGUACUGGAGUCUUCUUGCCAUGGAAUGUCCCAUCCAGAAAACCUGCAAAGCAUCUUCCACCACGUGCACAAAAAGGAAGGCUUCUAGCAUUGCCUUCUCCUGUUGAACCACACAUUGGAGAGUCCACUUCUGAACCCAGCAUUUGUGUUGAAGGAUGAUAACAAAAUUUAGUUCUGAAGCAGCCUUGGGUUCAAAGACAUGUGAAACAUGAUAGGUGGCUUUCGAGCCCCAGUUAUUUGCUCUAGACCCUGGAGCAUUUCAUUUUGUUGUACAAACAGGGUCCAACCUAGGUGCUGCUAGAGGAACUUAGUUCAUUCUUUUUUUUCCCUAUCCUUUCUUCUACUUUUUUUUCCCCCUUUUGGAUAGAGUAGAUUUAGUGGUGUUCACAACGGUUUUUUAUGUUUCCCAGUCACGGUAAGAGCUUUAGUAGAAUAGUCAAGCUUUCGAAAUGGAAGAGUGUGGAUUAUGUCUGAUCAUAUCAGUUUGUAAGAAUGAUAUUUGAAGUUAAUCAUCUUCAUAGAUGAAUCAAAUCGUCACGAAGAUGCCUAGUUAUUUUUUUAUGAUUCUCUAUUUUAUAUGUUAUUAUACUUCAAGUUCAA